AUGGACUUCGCCGUGGACGCUGCGCUCUGGGUGUUGGGCAAGGCGCUGGCCCCGGUCACGGACGGCCUGCUGGAGUCAUGGGCGGCCAGCGCCGGGCUUGGCCACAACAUCGACGCCCUCAAGAUGGAGCUCCUCUAUGCGCAGGGGAUGCUCGACAACGCGCAGGGCAGGGAAUUCCGCAGCCCCGCGCUCAAGGAGCUUCUACACAAGCUCGGGGAGCUCGCGUACGGGGCGGACGAUGUGCUCGACGAGCUCGACUACUUCCGCAUCCAGGAUGCGCUCGACGGCACCUACCACGCCGCCGCCGACUUGGAUGCACAGGGCUGCAUUGAUGGCCUCCUCCUCAAUGCUCGGCACACCGCCAGGGACACUGCUCACAAACUCAGGCUCUCGGCCUCAUGUUCGCGUGGUGCAAGCGCAAGCCAUGGUGAUCCUGACGAUGAAGCAGAAGGUGGCAAACAAGGAUGCCUAUGUAGCAUUCGCACUCGCGGCAGGCAUCAAAUCAGCUCCCCACCAGCGUCACCAACCAACAACGGUGGAUGCAUUUCCAAGGUCGCUUCUCGUGCUCGCAGCACUGCCCACAUUAUCAGUAAGAACUUGACAUGCUACUCCUUCCCGUCCGUUCACGAUGAUGAUGCCAUGUUGGAAUCGUCCAACAUGGCAGCGAGUGGACGGCGGUUCCUUUGUGGCGCCUGGAAGUCCAAGGCAGUACAGACAAAUCAUGUAGGGCAAACUCCAAAAAUGGAAUUUGAUAGGGUGGGGAUGUCCCAAAAGAUGAUGGAAAUAGUGGAGCAGCUGAAAGCCCUAUGUGGAAAGGUCUCCACCAUCCUCAAUCUAGAGCUAUUGGGUUCUAAUCGUACCCCUAACCAAGACACUACCAUGAACAGACCCAAAACCACCCCAAACAUUGUAGAGCCUGAGUUAUUUGGGAGAGAUAGUCUGAAAAAGAACAUCGUGGAUGAUAUUACACAUGGUAAAUAUUGUACAAGUGAACUUACUGUGGUUCCACUUGUUGGUCCGGGUGGUAUUGGGAAGACAACACUCACACAACACAUAUUUAGAGAACUAGAGAGUUCUUUCCAAGUUUCGGUUUGGAUAUGUGUCUCUCUCGAUUUUAAUGCAGAUAGGUUGCUACAAGAGAUUGUGAACAAGAUCCCUAAAGUAAAUGGUGAAAAGGUUAAUACUAGCAACCAAGAGUUAAUUGAACAAAGGUUAAAAUCUAAGCGGUUGUUGCUUGUUUUAGAUGAUGUGUGGACAUAUCAUGAGGAUGAGUGGAAAAAACUAUUAGCUCCAUUAAAACAUAACAAUGGAGACAAGGGUAAUGUGGUUAUAGUCACUACACGAAUUCCAAAGGUAGCAAGUAUGGUCACCACAACUAAUUCUUCAAUCGACGUGGAACGUCGAAGUCAUGGGGAUACUAUGUCUUUCUUCGAAGUAUGUGUAUUUGGUGACCAACGACCAUGGGAAGACCACCCUGAAUUACGUGAUGUUGGGAAUACAAUAGUAACAAAAUUGAAAGGUUUCCCUCUUGCAGCAAAAACAGUUGGUAGAUUACUAAGAAACCAGCUUACCUUGGACCACUGGACAAGAGUUGCAGAAAGUAGAGAAUGGGAAUUACAGACCAACGACGUUGACAUUAUGCCUGCCCUAAAGCUUAGCUAUGAUUUUCUCCCUUUUCAUCUACAACAAUGUUUUUCCUAUUGUGCAUUGUUUCCAGAAGAUUAUGAAUUUGGUAGCAAAGAGUUGACUCACUUCUGGAUAGGACUAGGCAUUAUAAGGUCACAUGAUCAGGCCAAAAGAACAGAAGAUGUUGCACUGUGCUAUUUAAAUGACUUGGUAAAUCAUGGAUUCUUUAGAAAGAAUGAGAAACAAAAUGGUCCUCGUUAUGUUAUUCAUGAUCUACUACAUGACUUGGCUGUGAAGGUUUCAUCGUAUGAAUGCCUUUGCAUAUAUAGUUCUAACAUAAGGUCCAUACAAAUUCCUGCAUCCGUACGUCACUUGUCCAACAUUGUAGAAAAUACUGAUGUCAAAGAUAUAAUCACUUUUAAAGAAUACAACAGUUAUUUGAGUGCACUAGGUAAAAGAUUGAAAGUUCAGAACUUACGCACUUUGGUGCUGUUUGGUGAAUACCAUGGAAACUUUGCCAAAACUUUUAGGGGUUUAUUUAGGGAAGCUAGAGCCUUACGCACUAUUUUUCUGUCUGGUGCAUCGUAUUCUGUGGAUGAUGUGUUGCUGGACUUUUCAGAACUUGUCCAUCUCCGCUACCUAAGGAUCAAAUCAGUUCGUAAUAAGGACAUGUGCUUACCUAGUGCAUUGUUUAGAUCUUAUCACUUAGAGGUAAUUGAUCUUGAAAGUUGGGGAGGUAGCUUUGGUUCAACAAGUCAAAUGAGCAGCCUUGUAAAAUUGCGUCAUUUUGUUGUGCCGGAAGAUAGUCUUAAACUUCACUCUAGCAUAUGCGAGGUUGGGGAACUUAAAUUCCUAGAGGAACUGAGGAGAUUUGAAGUGGGAAAAGAAACCAAGGGUUUUGAACUAAGUCAACUAGGAGAACUGACAGAGCUUGGAGGAUCACUUGGCAUUUAUAAUCUCGAAAAGGUGCAGACAAAAGAUGAGGCAAAUGAACUAAAACUGAUAGACAAAAACCACUUGCACAAGUUAAUACUAGAAUGGUGUAUUGAUAGACCUAACAGGAAUGCAGAACAAGAAGAACAUGUCAUUGAAAGUCUCGUACCACACAGUAAUCUGCAAGACCUAUGCAUUAGAGGACAUGGAGGUGCUAAUUGCCCAUCAUGGUUGGGCAGGUACCUCUCUGUUGAAAAUUUAGAAUCUCUUUCCCUAUGUGACGUAUCUUGGAGCAACCUUCCCCCUUUAGGGAAGCUGGGGUUCGUUGCUGGUGAAGGGUGGCAGAGUCAUGUCUCAAGCCAAAGUUUCCAUAUUCUGAAAAGGCUAGAAAUAGUCAACAUACCAAAACUACAAAAAUGGGCUGGAAACGAACCUUGUCAUUUGUUCUCCGUUCUAGAGGUGGUCAUCUUUAUAGAUUGUCCUGAACUCGUCGAAUUGCCAUUUUCACACCCUACUAGCCAUCGAGCAAAGCAUGAUGAGAAUAUGUCUUGGUUUCCUAAACUACGGGAGCUCAAGAUUAUAUGCUGCCCCAAAUUGGCGUCAUUGCCUCCAAUCCCUUGGACUCAAGCUCUGUGCUCUGCUGAGAUAAGGCAAGCAGGAUCAGUAUUUGAGCAGCUAGUUUACCCAAAGAACUACGGAGCGGAAUUGAGUUUGGAAGUUGAGGGAAAAGAUGGUCAGCAUGGCGUGCUGUGGAAUGGGCUGGCUUUCCAUAAUCUAGCUGAUCUGAAAGAGCUGAAGGUGAAGAACUGCCCUCCCCUGCCACUGAUUCACCUCCGAAAGCUAAAAUCUCUCAAGUCCCUGAGGAUAAUCGGUAUGAGCAACUCGUUGAUGCUGUUUGAAGGUGAAGGCUAUAAUACUGAAUGCCCGCUUCCAGUUGAACAUAUAGGGAUCAAGGAGUGUGGUGCUGAUGGGAAGGAACUGACACAAGUGUUAUCUCAUUUCUCGAAGCUCACUGAGUUGCGAGUGAGAAGUUGUGAGAAGAUAACAGAGCUUGGCGUGGAGGUGCUUCAGACAGAGAUGACGACAUCAUCUCCAUGUAAUGAAAUUGUAAUUGAGUAUGCACAAGAAAGGCACCAUCAGACAAGAGGGGAGGAGGUAGAAGAUGCAGCAGCAGGAGGAGGAGGUCUGCUGCUGCUGCCUCGGCAACUAGAGGAGUUGAGCAUCAUUGAGUGCAGAGAGCUGCGGUUACUCUCCGGUUCACUUGGGAAUGACAGCAAACACGGAGGAGGGCUCCAGAGUCUUUGUCCUCUCCAAAGUCUCUGCUCCCUCCGCUCGUUGGAGAUAUAUGAUUGCCCCAGGUUCCUCUCGUCCUAUUCGUCCUCCGCCUCAUCUUGUUUCCCCUUCCCGACCUCCCUGCAACAACUCAUGCUGUGGGGCGUGGAGGGCAUGGAGACGCUGGUUCCCCUCUCAAAUCUCCUCUCUCUCACCGAUUUAACCGUGCAUAACUGUGGGGAUCUAAGAGGCGACGGCUUGUGGCCUCUCGUCGCCCAGGGCCGACUCACACAAUUACAAGUCACUGAAACCCCCAAAUUCUUCACUGGUUCAGAGCCCUCACAACCGCAUGACCAAGAGAUUCCUUCCUCUUCAUCCAAACUCGAGCGUCUCUGGACAGAUGACUUGGUGGGAGUCCUUACCGCGCCCAUCUGGGAACUCCUCUCUUCCUCCCUCACCAAAUUAAUCUUUUGGGGGAACAAAGAGGUGGAGCGCUUCACAGAGGAGCAAGAGGAGGCCCUUCGCCUCCUCAGUUCCCUCCAGGAACUCGAGUUUUUGGGCUGUGAGAAGCUGCAGCGCCUCUCUGCAGGGCUGACCAAGCUUGCCAGCCUCAAGAUAUUACGCAUCUGGUGGUGUCCAGCCAUUCAAUUGCUGCCCAAGGACGGACUACCAAGUUCUCUGCAAGAAUUAGACAUCAGAGACUGUCCUGCCAUCAAAUCUCUGCCCAAGGACGGCCUGCCAAGUUCACUACAAAAAUUAGAGGUUCCUUAUGGCAUCAGCGAGGAGCUUAAAAGGCAGUGCCGCAAGUUAAAAGGAACCAUUCCAAUAAUCAUAGACUACAACAACGACUACUAA